UCGGGCCCUCCCCGCUGCUAUCCUGGCGUUUAUAUAUGGGGCGUGUACGCCAGCCGCGAAGUUCCAGCAGUCUAGUUAGCUGCGGCCGCCGCUUUGGCUGGGCACCCGCUCUCCCACCUCUGCUGCGAAAUUGACUAUUUCAGAUCUCAAGCAACCAGCCCUUUCCUAUCCAGUCGUGGCUCAUCCAAAGCUUCCGAGGAAAGUGGGAUCUUUCGGUCCUUCCUGCAUUUCCGACCAUUACAGGAUCUAGAAAUGUCUACAACACUUUUAUCUGCCUUCUACGACAUCGACUUCUUCUGCAAGACCGAGAAAUCAUUGAGCAGUAUGCUGGACAAGAAGGCAGUGGGGAGCCCCGUGGGCACCUCUCCCAGCUCCAACUUUGCGCCGGGCUUUCUGCGGAGACACUCAACCAGCAACUUGCAGGCUCUGACGAACGGCAACGCCAAGUUCCCGGGUGGCUCGUCCUCGCCCUCUUCCUUCGGCAACCUCAAGGAGCCUGGCACCGGAGGAGGAGGAGGAGGAGGAGGAGGGAGCAGCAGCCCCACCACCGCCUUGCUGAACAAGGAGAACAAGUUCCGAGACCGCUCCUUCAGCGAGAAUGGCGAGCGAAGCCAACACCUCAUGCAGCAGCUCCAGCAGCAGCAAGUGGUGGUUGUGCCUUCGGCUGGGAAGGGCGGCGGCGGCGGUGGUGGUGGAAAUGGAGGCGGCGGCGGAGGGGCGCCCAUCAACUCGACGCGCUACAAAACGGAGCUGUGCCGGCCUUUCGAGGAGAGCGGCGCCUGCAAGUACGGCGAGAAGUGCCAGUUCGCCCACGGUUUCCACGAGUUGCGCAGCCUGACGCGCCACCCCAAGUACAAGACGGAGCUGUGCCGCACCUUCCACACCAUUGGCUUCUGCCCUUACGGGCCGCGCUGCCAUUUCAUCCACAACGCCGACGAGCGCCGCCCAGCGCCCGCCAACGGCAACGCCAACCCGCCGCCGCCUCAGCCGCCGCCGCCGCCUCACCAGCCCAACCCGCCGCUUCACAACAGUCAUGGCCACCACCACCACCACCACCCGCUGCACCCCCCUCACGCGGGCAGCACCGGCGACCUCCGCGCUUUCGCUCCCUCCGCCCGGGACCACCCGCUAGGGGGAGGCGGCGGCGGCGGCGGCUUCGGGAUCGCUCCCCCGCGAGGGGGAGGGGACAGGCCUAAACUCCACCACAGCCUCAGCUUUUCCGGCUUCUCCGCCCACCACCACCACCAUCAUCACCACGGCGGGCCGGUGGCAGCAGCUGCGCCGGGCGGGCUGGAGGCGGCGGCGGCGGCAGCUGCGGCGGCGGCGGCCGCCCUGCUCCUGGAGAGCCCCGGGGGGUCCCGCACUCCGCCGCCGCCCGCCUCGGCAGGGUCGUACUGCGACGACUUAGUGGCCUCGCCGUCCUGCGCCAACAACGCCUUCGCCUUCUCGGCGGGCCAGGAGCUCGGCAGCCUCAUCGCCCCGCUCGCCAUCCACGCACCGCCACCGCCGCCUCAGCAGGGCUGCUUCGCCAACGCGGCCACUUUCUACCGCUGUCACCAGCAGCCGGGCGGUGGCGGCGGCGGCGGGGGAGGAGGCGGCGGAGGAGGAGGAGGGAGCUGCUGCCCGCCGCCCGGCCCGCCCGCCUCGCCUCCUUUCAGCUUCCAGCCUUUGCGCCGCCUCUCCGAGUCGCCCGUCUUUGACGCUCCUCCGAGCCCUCAGGAUUCGCUCUCCGACCGAGAGAGUUACUUGAGCGGCUCCCUCAGCUCCGGCAGCCUCAGCGGGUCGGAGUCGCCCAGCCUGGAUUCGGGCAGGCGCCUGCCUAUUUUCAGCCGCCUUUCUAUCUCCGACGACUAAGGAGGCAGGAGGAGAAAGGCGGGGGUGGGGUGGGGGCUCCCUCAGCUGUCUUUGGGGAUCCCAUCACCUUGAGGAAACCCCUCACAGGAGCAGCUCCCCCAUUUUUCUUCCCUGCCUUCUCAACCAAGAGCAGAGACUGCAGCAGCCUCCAGAAACUAGCCAAGCUGGCACACGCCCCCCUUUUUUGUUGCUGUUGCCUUUCACCCCUUUUUGUUUCCUUUUCAACGUACGUUUUUUUCGCUUUUUCCUUUCUUUUUGGAGAGAAAAGUCGUUUGAUUGCUGAGCAAAUUCAGAGAGGAGGAAGCAAAAGAAACUUUUUUCCCUUUUAUGAAGAGAUGAACAAAAGAAAUAAAUUUGCAAAGGGGCAAACGAUGCUAUCAACAGAACAAUCUUAUUUUUUUAUAUCUAAAGAGACGUUGCAAGGAGAGGGCUUCCUCUCCUCCCCCCUUUUUUUGGAGACUAGUUUAAUGUGCACCAGCAGCCAUUCCAUCUUCAAGUGUGUAUGUGGGGAGGGGAGGAGACAGGGUAAAAUGAGCAUUAGCAAACAAAUCUACCCAAUCUUACUCCCCCAGGAAUCAACAAUCAAUCUGGAGGCCCAUGAACUCUGCAUUCCAGGUCCCUCCAGAUCUAUGUACAACAACAAAAAUAAGGAGUGUGGGGUGUGUGUUUUUUGCCUUUCAAUCAAAUUUAAAGUAAAUAUACUAAAUGUAUAAGCUUUUAAAAGAAAAAUCCAACAUCCUGCCAAGAAUAUGCCUUGAUAACACUCUAGUUUUUUUAUAUAUCUAUAUAUAUAUUAUAACAUGCUAAAACUUCCAUUCCAAAGUUUAAUAUUGGUUCCAUUGCCACCACUUAGUGGAUGUUUGGCUUAGAACAAUUUUUGUUGCUUUAUUUGGAAGCAUUCAACUGAGUUUAGUUUGUAAUUGUUGGCGAAUAACUGCUGAUUUUUUAAUUUUUUAGCUGAGUUGAUCGCAGAAGUCACUGCACAACUCAAUAUGAAACUAUUUAACUUAUUUAUUAUCUUGUGAAAAGUAUACAUUGGUAAUUUGUUCAUACUGUAUUUAUCGGGUAUGAUGAAAAGCAAUAGAUAUAUAUUCUUUUAUUAUGUUUAAAUUAUGAUUGCCAUUAUUAAUCGGCAAAAUGUGGAGUGUGUUCUUUUCACAGUAAUAUAUGCCUUUUUGUAACUUCACUUGGUUAUUUUAUUGUAAAUGAGUAAAAUUCUUAAUUUAAGAGAUUGUAUGUAAUAUUUAUUUCAUUAAUUUCUUUCCUUGUUUACGUAAAUUGAAAGAUUGCAUUGGCUUUUUUAUAGAAAUCUGACUCAAUGCUGUGGAAGUAGUUUGAGAAAUUUCAAUGGGUUUUUAGAAUGUACAAUGGUUGUAACCCGUCCAAGCUUAAACCUACUUUUGCAAUCAGAAUUUAAAGUGGCAAACCUAAUUCAAACUUUUAAAAUUAACCAAAAAGUAUUCAUGUUGCCUAACUUCACCAAUCACACUGUGAUAGUCUCAAAGUAUGUAGCAAUAAAGUGGGUGGGGGUGGGAGGGAUCCCAGUAUUAUGUCUCACAGUGCCUUCAUAAGGGUCCAUGCUUGCCUUAAAUCUUCCUCAACCAAAUAAGUAUUUUUCUUAAUGUUUGAGAAUUUGAAUGUAGGGCUGGGUUUUUAACUACAAGAAAUUGUACCACUCAUUUUUAUAAGGAGGCCACCUUUUGGAUCUGAACAUUUUUCACGAACAUGAUAGUAUCUUCAUGAAAGUUCCAAAACAUCUAGCUUUUUUUUUCUUGUUUAGAAAGCCAGGAGUUAUCCAAAACUUUCCUGGAGGGUGGAUGAAUGAGCAGUACCUUUUUUAAAAAAUGUACAUAGGUACAGGUUCAGCACUAUGUACUCUUUGGACUACUUUAACAGAAGUAUGUUUUGAAUGUAACUAGAAGAUAAGUCAACUUGAGUUGUAAUAUAUUUUGGAGAGUCAGUUCACUACAAAUUUGGAGUGUGAGACUGUAAACUUUGUACUGUAAAUGUUUUGUAGUUCUCCCAAUAAAACUUUUGAGGAAAAAAAAUCCCAAGCUAUUAAAA